AUGAUUGAAGCGGAUACAGAGAUACAAAUAAAUGCUAAGGCUAAUCCUUUGACAAAGCAGCCAGAGAAUAUCAAUAAUGGUGGUUCCUUGUCAUUUCGAGAGAUACUUAGGGGGGAAUCUGACAAACUUAGGCGGGAAUCUGACAAAUCCUUGGCCAAUUCGUUGAAUGUUAUGAAUAUUGAGGAUGAAAUUGAUGAAGUUUCGGAUGAUGAGGAAAUUGAUGAAGUUUCGGAUGAUGAGGAAAUUCUGAACGAUGAUAGGUGCCCUGUCAUUCGUCUAUCCAAGGAGGAAAAAACCAUGCUUCGCCAACCUUGGAAAACUUCUUUAAUUAUCAAACUCUUCAGUGGCAGGAUUGGCUAUAUGGGUUUGAUGAGGAGACUCAAGAAAAAGUGGAACAUCAAGGGAGAACUGGCUCUUACUGACAUUGGUUGCAAUUACUAUAUUGCAAGGUUUUCAAACAAAGAUGAUUACAACUAUGUGUUAACUCAAGGGCCAUGGUUAUUAGAUGAUAAUUACCUCACAAUUCGUAAAUGGGUUCCUAAUUUCAUCCCUGAUGAAACUCCUAUUAGGCUCUUAACGGCCUGGGUUCGUAUCCCUAAUCUACCAGUUGAAUAUUUUGAUAUUAGCUUCCUCAAUAAAAUUGGGUCCAAGAUUGGGAAAGUCCUAAGAGUAGACAAGACUACUGCUCAAGCAGAGAGGGGGCAAUUCACCAGAAUCAGUGUGGAAAUAGACCUUUCAAAACCAUUACUGUCAAAAUUUUGGUUGAAAGGAAGAAUCUGGAGGGUGCAAUAUGAAGGGAUACGUAUGAUAUGCUUCAAGUGUGGGAAAUUAGGCCAUUCUGAAGAUGGUUGUCCAUCUUUGCAGCCUGAGAAUGCUGAGAGUGCUAUGGUUAUCCACGAUAACCCUUUACAUAAUCACAACCCUAGACCAGAAGAAGCUGAAGAAACCAACCCGAAAUAA